UGCCAACCGACAUGCGGUCAGUUGCGGUGAGCUGAGGCCGAUGUUAGCAGCAUUUGUGCGGGUGCAGGGAAGGGUUUGGACUCUGCCAUGAAGCGGAGACGGACAGUGAGGACGGUUUAGAGGAAGAAGCUUGCAAAAAUGGGUGGAAAUAUGAUGUUCUACUUCGGCGCUAAAGCGCUCGUCGGGCUGUGCGCGUUGGUGCUGCUGGUGACCGGCUUGAUCGAUGUGCUCACCAUCAAUUCGGCGAAAAACGAGUGCGAAAUGACUUACAUGUACGAACUCCCCGAAUACAUCCCCAUCAAACUAAGUAAAGAAAUCCAGCAGAAAUACCCGAGGUAUCGCCUCGUUGUUUAUGGAGAAGGAGUGUACGCCCGUCAGCUUCGGAGGGGCCACCUCCGCGGCGUGCCCGUCCUGUUCGUGCCGGGCAAUGCUGGCAGUUACCAGCAGGUGCGCUCCAUCGGUACCGUCCUAUUGCGCAAGGCUGAGUUCGAGGGACUGCCGUACCGGUUCGACGUGUUCGCCACCGACUUUAAGGGCGAGCUGUCGGGUCUGUACGGGCCGUUACUACAGGACCAAACUGGUUUUCUGCACGAGUGCGUCCGCACCAUCCGCACCCUUUACAAGCCCACGCCCAAUGCCAGCCUGGUCAUCCUCGGUCACUCCAUGGGUGGUAUGGUGGCACGGUCCCUGUUCACACUGGACGACUUUGACCCUGACAGCGUGUCCUUGAUCGUGAGCUACGCCACACCUCACCGCAGUGCGGCCAUCUUGGACUCUCACCUAGAUGCCGUGUAUGCGAAAAUCCGAGAAACAUGGUCUCCGCCACCCGUGAUAAUGGUCUCCGUCGGCGGUGGUCGGAGGGACACCCUGGUCCGUACCGAGCUCACCCGGUUGGAGCCGCAUCCGCACCACAUCAGCACCACGAGCACGGCAGUUCCAGGUGUCUGGGCAUCUGCAGACCACUUGACGAUCGUAUGGUGUCAGCAGCUGGUGGUGACGUCGGCGAGAGUCUUAUUCGACCUAAUUACUCGUCAGGAUCGGCAGGUCAGGCUGACCAAAGAUCCGGAGCGCAUCAAGGCGGUGGUGGACUUCCACUUUGUCCAGCGGCCGUAUGGAAAGCAGCUUCCGGAGGAGGCACCCAGCAGCCAGCCCAUCUACUUCGGCGCAAGUGGCGAGUGGUCGGACCACAUUGAGCGCUCCUGGCGCGUUCACAAGCAGAAGGUUCUGGUGUCCCGUUGGCUGGUGAUGCCCGUCAGGGAGUCCGACUACGUGGUGCUGCGGGCGUCGGGUCUCGGUAACAAGGAGUGGCUGUAUGGCUGCACGGCUGUGCGCAAGGAAGCCUCAUCAGGCAAGCUCCUCUGCACAAUGGGCGUGAGUCUCUCCCGGGAAGGUGUGACGCUCCCUUACGAAGGCAAUUAUGGCAUUGAACGGCGGGGCUUCACCGCCUCCGGUGCCGAGUUGCGGGCACGUGGCUUUCAGGCCCUGGUGGUGCACGUGCGGCCCACUACGUCCAAGGUGAUCGUGGUCGGUGAGCGUCUGCGGCCCUCCGAGCGGUGGCGAGACGUCUGGUUGCCCCCGUGGUGGGGCUUCUCUGAAGUGCUCCUGACGGUGCCGCUGACCGAGGGCGCGGCCUUCUACAACCUGAGCCUGCACGGCCUGUGGCAUCCAUGGCAGGCCUACCGUCUCACUCUGCAGACCAAGGUGUGCCGCACGGGAACGCAAGGUGAUGGCUUUGUCCGGUUCCUGGUCCCCUGGGGCAUGGAGGACCUCUUCUUUCACAUCCAGUACCCCGUGGGUUCGCGCCGUGGUCCCAAGGAGACGUCGAUGCUUGUGCACGUACAGAGUGACGCGGGCAGGAGCGACGCUCCACCGCCGCAGCUGCACCUGUACCUGGACCCCGAGUGCAGCUACGAGCUUCGUGCUGAGGCUGCCUGGAAGACCAGCCUGGGACAGAUGAUGAGGCGACACAUCACCAUGGUGCCUUCGUACUGCAUCGCCAUCACACUGGCUCUGUUGGCCGAGCAACUGUUCUCCGCGCAUACGUCAGGUGUGUGCCUGGACUUCAACUGUGCCCUGCAGAAGGCUGAGACCUUCCUGGAACUCACUUUGCUGGCCAGCUUGGUAGAGUACUUCUUUCGGAGGCUCUCGGAAGAAGGUGGCAUUCUGGUGAUUGACAACAUGGGUACGACCAGCUUUUGGGAGAACGUCGCCCUACGCGUCUCGCUCUACUGCAUCGGAUGCGGGGCGGUCUACGUGCUGGGAAUCCUGAUUGCGGGCGGCACCUACCUGUCUGCCAUGUGGCUCAACAGUGUGCUUGCGAUGGUAAGAGGAACCGAGCGGAGUCCACCGCUGAAGAAGCAGCCGUGGUUGCCGCAAGUGUUCCUGUUGGUGACAGGCUUGCUGCUUCUGGUGGUUGCCACCAGUGCUGCCGUGGCGAUGCUCGUGGGCAGCUUCGUCUUUGCCAUCAGGCUUGUGUACCAGUGCGCACGCCAGUCGGCUCAGGAGCAGCGACGGGGUCCAUCGAGCGAGACCUGCGGCUGGCGUCUGCAGCUGUGUCUGCUCCACCUGUGGCUCUGGGUUACGGCCCUGGGGCUGCCCGCAGCCAUUGUGUGGUUCUCGGUGGGACCCCUGUCUCCCCGUCCAGGCGGGGCCGACCCGUUGGCGCCGACCGCGACCUUUCUGAUCUUGGCACAGGCCGUCCUCUGGCAACCUUUCGUUCCGAAUCCCCAGGGGUUGUACUACCGGCCGGUCGCGUGGCUCUUUCGUCUCCUGUCGUUUGCCUGCGUGCUGUUGUCUCCCGUGCGGAUGUACCGGGCGGCGCAGAUCAUCGCGGUGGCCCACAUGGCUCUGGCAUUACAGCAGCUGCUCUCUCCGCAGCAGCUCGGUCACAAAGCCGACUGAACAAAUGCGCUUCAGAUACGGGUCACAUUUUCCGGCCAGGUCACAGCAUAAGGACGAAUAAAUUUUUUCCUUGCGGCAUUUGCUGGUAUAAUAAUUCUACGCUACGAGCACUACAGUAAGAUGUCAAUAU